AUGACCUCCGAUAAACAAUCCAACGGCUCUCUCGCCAAACCUUUCACGCCAACGCUCAGUGCGGCCUUCCAUCGAAAUACCAAAUCGCCUUUGACUCCGAAGCUUGCGAGCCCUGGUGGCUAUCGCACUCCGAAAAGACUCGUCCCUUCCGAACACCCUUCCUCGACUCCCGAGCCCGAUACCAGCUAUCUGAAUACAAACAUUACCCCUCGGUCGGGUUCUCGCACUAGCAGACGGGAUGGAGUGCCGUCCCCGAAGAAUCCCCCUUCGACCGUCCAGUGCUCGCCGCAGAUCUCAUACUCGCAUGCAGGGGUCGCUCAUGUCUCGAACACGCGGGUCCUGCGGACAGAACGGAGCCCGGUCCGCGCGAAUGGGAGGUUGGAACCGUCCAGGCCCGACAGGACAAAGACCCUCACAGCCGAGCACGCUCAUGUCUCGCGGCCGAAUUCUGUCUGCGACGCUCCGUCCGGCUCGCGGAUGUUUUUUCAUGCCUACGAUGUACGAUCUCCGAGUUCCUCCGAGGUGGACUUCCGAUCCAAGUCUCAAAGCAAACCAUCCUCACCUGCUACGUUCGUCUACGCCAAUGGGCAACAGGAGCAACAAUCCCCGAAUGGGGAGGCAGCCGCCACCGCUCCGACCCUGAAACGACGAUCGAUAGGGUCCGCCCGCCCAGUGUUGGCCGCGAAGUCUCCUGCGUUGCCAUCACCGCGGUUAAGACCGGCCAAGCUCGCCGAUUCUACCACAAGAACGUCUGACGGCGUCGCCUCCGUGGUGGGUUCCCAGCGAGAUGAUGUGUCCGAGAUUGGCUCCCAUGUGCAUAGCUCGCUCAAUUUCCCCGUGCGGCCUCCGCUCUCCGCUAUGAGGCAUUUCAAGUCAUCAAGCGUUGGCUCGUCCGCCAGCGGCCCUUAUCUCAAGGAGGGUCUCAGGCCAAGUCCCAUCAUUGUAUCCCCGGCGGAAUCGCAAAUUGAUGGCAACCAUGCCGCUUCCGAGUCGAUGCCGGGGCUUCGACCUCGGAUUUUCAGCAAUGGGUCUAUGGCGUCGAUUGACACGCAGGCUUCUGCCGCGCAGAGUCCCGUGAAAUCAGAAAGUUCGGCGCCAGCGAACAACGGUGUCGUGGUCAAUGCGCGGAUCGAGCGCAAGAUUCUGGACUUGGAGAUCAGCAACUCCUCGCUGCUCGCUAUCAAUCGUACUCUGGAGCGGGAGAUGCGCAAGCAGAACGCAGAGUUGCGCAGAUACCGCCGGCUCAGUCGCUCUGGUCGUUUUUCUGUCGCCCCAUCUGCUCGAUCGUUCUCCGGCACCUCGCUCUUAAUUACCGCCGAAGCCGAUGAGGGGGCAAGUGAUGUCUCGUCGAUCCGGUCUCCGGAGGAAUUGUCAGAUUUCAGCGAUGAGGAAUCGACAUUGGACGAAGGCGUCGUCAGUCCCGAUGCUCUUGCUGAACACGAUGCGCGUCAUCGCGCUACGGAUGAGAAACGGUUUUUUAUCGACCUUGCCAAACAUCAAGAAUUGCUGGCAGAUAGCCAGAAAAUCAACCAGAGCCUCAAGCGCUGUCUUGAAUGGACGGAAGACUUGAUCAAGGAGGGCAAGAAGGCUCUGGAGUAUAGUGUGCAUGUCAACGAUGUGCAACUGGGCGGCAGAGUCCUACCUCCGGAGGAGCUCGUCGACACUGGGGAGAGCGGGAAGGGGCUUUUGAGCUCGGUUGGCGACACCGCAGAUCCUUUAUUACCCUCCGUCGACUUCGAUUCGUCCAUUGACCUGUCUGAACACGAGAUGAGCGAGUCGUCUCUUAUACCUUAA